AAUUUCUAAUCGGAGCAAAUUCGGAGCAGAACGUUCGUCUCGCGUUUACGCUAUUCUCGCUUGUUCUCGCGUUCUCUUUUUAACUUGCUUAACUACCAUCUUGCGCGAUCUUUGAGCCUCUGCCCAACAGCAGCCCAACGACCAAGCGCUUAGCGAUGGUGCCCGUGAUCCAAAUGUGAAAGUUCGUCAUUACCGCGAUUGGCUGUGUUCGGUAAAUGCGACGUGCAGGACGGGAUCGAGUGCGCGUGUCCGACACGAGAUACGAAUCGACGACAUCCGUUGAAAGGUGCCUGUCUCUCCCCGUCUUCGUCCCUUCGUCCCUCUCAUUCUCUCUCACCGUCAGUGCACCACCGAUUUUUUUACGCGCCUGCCUGCACCUCCUCGCCAGCUAGUGUGACUCAUAAUAACACGGAUGUCAGCGUGCAGCGCGUGAGAAAACAAUCGUAUCUGAAACUCGAAGUCCUUACGAGAAUUGGAGAACAACAGGAUUGCACACAACCUUUUGACCAUCCACAAGAGCAAUGAUGGAUUUAGAUCCACCAGAAUUUCUGUCCAAAGACGAGGAGAUUCAAUAUUGGAUGGAUCUUGCGAAUCAGUUGCUUCAAAGGAAAGACGAUGUUGAGCGGGAACUGGAAGAGUUCCAAGAGAAUUCGCAGAUGCUGGAGAAAGAACUGGAGACAUCUCUGGAACAAGCGGAAAAGACAAACAGAGAAUUGAGACAGAGAAAUACGAGACUCGCCACAGAAGUUGAACAGUUAAGAACACGACUAGAUCAGCAGUCUACUGAUUGUGCCAUGUUCCAAGGAAAGGCACAAGAUUUACAGCAGCAACAUGAGCACCUACUGAAGUACAUUAGAGAACUCGAACAAAAAAAUGACGACUUAGAAAGAGCACAUAGGAUAAAUAGGGUCACAGAAGAGGAAAUAGAAGCUAAGUUUAAUUUAGCUAUAGAAAAGAAUGCCUUGCUUGAAUCAGAACUUGAUGAAAAAGAGAGCCUAAAAGUCAUAGUGCAAAGACUAAUGGACGAAGUUAGAGACUUGAAACAGGAGAUACAAGUACAUGAAAGACAUCACGCCGAUAAUAACAAGUCUGCUGAAAGAGUUCGUAAUAGCAUCGUCGAUAGUAAUAAGCUACAGGCUGAAUUGGAGUCGAAUUCACCCGCUAGCCAAAUAGUCCCACAAACCAUACCUCAAAAUAAUACGACCUCACCGAUAAAAAUUGGACACGGGAUGGUAGGGGGUGUUAUUGGAAACAAUAAUAACAAUAUGAGCCAACCCUUGCCACCCUGCACUAGAAUACUGGCAAUGAAUAUGAUUGGUGACCUUAUGCGAAAAGUUGGGCUUGACAGGUGGGUCUGUAUGGGCUGUAGGAGAAUAAAAUGCACUUGUCCAAGCGGACAAAAAUCGAAUACCACCUCGUCUACUGGCCUAUCGGCGGCCCAGACUCACGCGUCUACUCAGUGUAUAAGGCAACAACCUAGACCGACCGCGUGCAGAUCUUCAUCGUGAUUUCUCAUCAUUAAAUUAUUUUACAUCUCCUUAAAGAGCAGGCGUUGGAGAACAAGCUGAACACAUGCAGAAACGCGUUUCGAGAAGAUCAAGUUCGUCAAGAUCUCUACAGGUAACACAACAGUCACGUUUUAAUCAUAUUAAAUUGUAUUGUACUCUUAUUCCAUCGUGCACUGUACUCACAAGUAAAUAUCAUGUACCUAUGUCUCACGAUACAUUUUCAUUAUCUUGCCGUUAAUAAUUAAUCUCAAAAGCACGUUCUUUGAAAAAUCUCGAAAUUUCGGACAAAAUUGCACGAAAUGGUACAUGAUAUACUCACUGACUUAAUCGUACUUAUUGUUAGCGUAAUAAUGUUGGUUGUGUUUUUAUUGAUUAUGCUUGUCACGGUCAGCGCCAAGGCCUUCAAUUUAUACAUAUUUAUAAGGCUUUUUAUGCAAUAUUAUGUAGUACUGAUUUUCCUAGAAUCUGAGAUGUUUAAUAGAGAUAGAUUUUACUUAAUAGACGACUGCCCUUAUUACAUAGCAAAGAUUCUUUAUUUUAAUUAUGCAAUUAAAAAUUUCUUUAUGGUAUAUUUAUCUUAAUUUGCUUAGUCACGACUAUUUAUAAUACGUUGCUUCUUUAUCUUAUAAAUAAGAAGGUCAUAGCUUGUCCGCUUAUGCUUCUUAGACCAUUGUUAAAAUCAAGUGUACAAGUAAUUAAUGACAAUGACAUAGUAUUUUAAUCAUUUCCUGUAUUUUCUAAACAUGUUGUGCCAUGUUUGAACAUGUUCAAAAAUAAAUGUCAUUAUUUUUUUAUUAGAAGCUACAUGUGCAGCUAAAUUUUAUUUGAUUGGAUUUAAUAAUUUUUCGAAGUUAAAAAUUUAUUUAUGUACAUAUUUAUUUUCCGAGAUAAAUGUGUAUCAUAAUUCUUCAUAUUUAUGUCGUAUGCACAUGAAAAAUCUUAUGCAAAGUGCAAUAGAUACAUUUCCUUCAAUGUUUAAAUUUGUACAUACUUGUAUAAAUUUAAACAUAAAGUAGCUUUACUGUUAAAAUAUAAUAUACAUGCGCGUAUGUAAUUUGAUUAUCUCAGUUACAAUUCGCGUCGUUCCAUUGGAGUCAUAAAUAACAGCAAUGUCCACUUGCUAGCAAAUAUUUCAUAAGUCUUCCAGAAAUUCGUUUCAAAAAACGAAAUAAGCCAUCGAUUACAAAAUGGACAUUUUUAUAAUUAACACAUUAGAGCUAAAUGUCGCGGACGUGUAGAAAAAGAUUCAUCCAAGUACAAAAUGUUUUAAAAUUGUGGAAAACUGUGGUAAUAAGCUUACGUAUUCUCAAAUUUAGCGUGUACAUAAUGUAUAUAGACACUAAGCACCACGGCAUAUGCAAUUACAUUAAGAAUUUGUUCGGUUCUGUAAAACAAACACAUGAUGUGUGUGUGAUGUUUAAACAGCUUUGAAACAGUGUUCACGUACAUGAUAAAGAAUGUUUUUUUUUUACUCUACUUACUGCCAUAUUGAAUAAUUAGUCUAUAUUGACGAGAGAUUAUUUGUGGCUCAAUCUAUAAAAAGAAAGAGUAUUAAAUAGGGGUAGAAAAUACCAUAUGUAUCGCACAAAAUAUAAAAUGCUACACUUGUGAGUCCCUCCUUGCAUGAAUAGCUACUGUUAUUUUUACUCAUCCUUAUGCACAGUAUGACAAAGGUGUCAUUAAGUAAUGUCACGUUUUCUAUCAAUGUACGUUUACAGAAUCAAAUUAAUUUCGAGUUAUAUUUAUUGCGCGUAUUCAGCGAAUCUAUGCAUAGAUGUUAAAUUACUGAAUGUUCACUAUUGCAAAUGCUCGUUCGGGUAUAUUCUUUUUUUAAGUAUUAGGUAAACUUAGCCAUAACGAGAUUGUUGCGUCUGUUCAAUUAGAGCUAGACGACAGGUCCGAAGCCCAGCCACAGGAAACAACAACCACAUUCGAUUGUAAGCGAAUAUAAUGGAAAGGAUAUAAAGUCGCAGCGAUCAUAUGUCCGUACAUCACGUUGCAAUCCCGAUGUUGACGUUAGUCGGAAAUUUCAUUAACAAUAGAUUCCGUUUGAAUUUCUGUCAAGUCAGUCACCGAACGCUCACGCAAAAUCGAAAAGUGUCCUGUUGUGUCUUGGCGUGAAAAAUCGUUUCUGAUGUACAGGGACACAAGAUAGUGUAAAAUUUCCAUGUAUUCUUUAGUUGUACGGUUUCUCUCGGAGUGAUAUUGCGUGCUGACUGUCAACGACACUUGUUGCGGUAUUUUAUGAGAAAAUAUCGUGUAGAAUAAUUAUAACGGCAAGUCGAUGAGUCAUCACUGUAAUAUCCGAUUAUUCCAAGUAUGAGAUAGGUUUUGAAUGAUUGCCGUAAUUUUUGUCAGUGAUAUUUUUUCAAUGGUACUGACAAACGCCGUUGACAGAAAAUGCAGUACCGCGAUAGUAUACCGUAUAGUGUCUGAUUUUUUGUCACAAUAAAUGAAGAAUAUAUUUUAUAAUUAUUUAAAAAAAACAACUCACGUAUACAUAAACGUCGCUGUAAUAAAAAAUAUAUUGGUACUGACAACUUUAAUCGACUUCUCUACUGACUAUGCUAAUGUUCAAGCCUAUAUUAUGCUACAUUAAUAUAACAAGUAUAUAUGAUCGCCACGCGUACAUCAACGUAUAAGCGUGUAGCAAACGAAAAUUAAUUGUCAUGUAAAUAUAACAGAAUAACAAUAAGAAAAAAAGUAACAAAGUAUAUCGUUACUUGUAUAUCUGAAUCAGGUACUCUUUUUCUCUUUGCAUUAAUCGCGUCGAGACGUUUUGUAAUUUCCUUCUCCGACACCGCGCGAUGCUACAAAGGUCGCUUAAAAAGAGGAAAUUUGUAAAUAUAUACGCACACGAGGACUCGAGGCAAUAGGAUAUAAAGCUAUGCGAAAAUCUGAUUUCGUGAUCGUACGAAAUUAAGGGUCUCGAUAAAAUCUUGUAUUUUUUUUAUCAGAGACAAUAUUAAAGAAAAGAUGUAGACGUUGCAAAGUAAAAUAAUAACACGUUUGAUUCGUGAAAUUCUUUGAAUGUACUCUCCUCGAAUUUGUGUUUGUGGCUUUCUAUGUUGUUACCUCGAGCACUUCGCGUGUAUUAAAUACACGUAGCAGUGAUGGAAGAAAAAUCAUUAUUUAUUACGAAUGAAAUAUUUGUGACGUUUGUAGGUAAUUAAACAAGUAAUAAAUAAUUUAUGAACUUAAUAAUUAAUUAACGCGUAGGUUAUAAUAUAAUUUACCAUUGUCUAUAAAUAAUUAAUGCGUAUACUUUGUAAAAAUGUGUACUUUUAGCGCUUCAAACGUAUUUCUACAAACGUAAUUCUAUUUUUUUAAUAUUCUAUAAAUAAAAUUCCUUAAUUGGAAAAGUAAUUACUUUUUUGCGAUGAAUGAUCGGAUAGAUUCCAAUAAUUAGAUUUACAUGUUUAUUACAACAAAGGCUAGAAAAAAAUGCGAUUGUGUCGAUAUUUAGAAAUAAAGUUUAGUUGUUUAAAUUGUAUCACGAGAGAAAAAAGAAACAAAUUAUUGUCCUGAAUAGAAAAAUCAUAAUCGAGUUAUAUUAUUAUGAAAAUGUGAAUUUCACUUAAUAAAACUCAUUAAUUUUGACGUA